UGUAGGUAGUUUACGUCAAGAGAAAUUAGAUCUGACAUCUCAAGUGAGAAAAUGUGAAGCAACUAUAAUCCAUCUUCAACAUCUACUUCAUCAGUCCAGUGAAGAGGUCAGUUAUGCACAUACAUGUCAAUGAGUUAUCAGACUAUUAUAAGGGCCAAUAUAAAACAAUAUAACAGUAUUUUUUUUUAAUUAAAAAACGCACAGAAGAACAAGAGCAUUUGACUCUUACACUUCAAAUGGUAAUUUCCCAUGCAGGUUCGUCAAAAACAAGUGAACAUUGACCAACUUCAGUAUCAGUUGACCAUAGAACAUCGUCGAGCUGAUGAGGAAAUGAACGCUCUGAAGAAACGAAACUCAGACCUCAGUCUACAGGUGACCCAAGCAAGACAAGAGGCCGACGAGUUUUAUAAAACUGGCCUUGAGAGAAAUAUUGAUGCUGUAGCUUUAGGAAACCAGGUUAGACCACGUCUUAUUAUAAACAUAACGCUCUCUUGUUUGCUAUAAAUUUAACCCUUAGUCGGUCGUGCUAAGGUCCAUGAUAUAUCUCUCAUUGCAGCUCUCAGCGUUAAAACUGGAUCUCGCCAGUCAAGGGAAAAUGGUAAAUUCUUACAAUCCCCAAACUCACUUCAUACGAGAGCUGCAAGACGAAAACCACAGACUUAGAAAACAACUUGGAAAUGGUGAGUAAUCCAGUAAAUGAGACGUUUUUCUCAUUCCUGUUGUUAUAAAAAAGCGCUACUGCCCUUAAAAUUUUCAACCAAACUUAAAAUGUCUUAGAUAUGUCAGGAAAGAAAGAAGUUGCGAGCUUGCAAUCAUAUGAAACGUUACAGACGAAGCUACGUGAAGCUGCUCAGCGUAUCAGUGAACUGACAAAAGAACGAGAACAGUUGAUCAAGAUGGGCAAUAAACUGAGAGCUGAACUGUUGAAAUAUAAAGGUACGUUCUUCACUUUUUAGCACUGUACACAAACAUCAAAAUAUCAUGAAAUAUUGUUGUCCCACAAAAAAGCCAUUGGGUACCACAACGAGCAAACGUUGCCUGAGUACGUUACAGAAACUUAAACUCCGUUUUAUUUCAGGGAACACAAACUCAGCUUCAGAUGACACAAACCAAUCAUCUACGAUCCCGCCAAAUAGUCCAUCUCGCUCUAACCUGCGUGGUUUAGAACAAUUACAGUAUCAAUUAACAAGUAAAGAACUGCAGUAUGCACAACGAGCACUGGCUAGGAAUACUGAACAGUCAACUCCUGGGGAAAAUACUUCUGCUCAACAACCUUCCCUGCCAAACAAGCCUGCAGAAAAUUCAGGUUUGCAGGUACAGGCACGUGAUGACGUCACCUCACAAUGGCGACCAUCGUUUUCAUCAGACGACCGUUCCUCAUUACAAGAGGUCUGGAAGCUACUCGAUGAAGAUAGUCCUGGAUUUACCCCGCGUGAAACACGCGAGGUUCGUGGACGUCAAAUACUGGAAAGAACCUCGACUCCAGAUAGUUUCACGGUCAAAGGUCAACCAAGCCACGUGCAGGUUAAACCAGAGGCUACUAAGCCUGCGCUGUCUGCAAAAGCCGCUGGCAAGUGGAAACCGGCUCAGGCUAAAGCGAAGAUAAGGAAUUACAAUAUCAGAGACGAAGACGUUCGCGAGGGGUUGUAGAUAUUUGAAAUACUGCGCGAAGGUAAGGAGAUAUAAUAAGGGAGCAAGACAUACAUAGUAAUUUUUGUCUAUAGAUAAAAUAUAGAUAAAUAUCAGAUAUACGAGGUGAGGGAAUCUCUGGCCACUGGCCAGCACAUCGUCAAUGCAGGUCACAGAGAGACCCUGCUUUGCGCAGCCAAAACUGAUUGUACACAAUAGAAAAUGGGUGUGACAGGUUUAUUUAAAUGAAAAUACAACACGUCAGUAAAUGUAUUAGAAAUUCAUAACUUCAAGGUAAAAAUAGUUAAGCCGGAACAAACAGUUACAGUAAUGAUGCAAGUAUGUAUACUACAAAUAUGAAACAAGCGGUGCGCGUUUCGUGCGCAUACAGUUCGUAUCUAUUUACGUUUGCGUGCAGCAAGUUGUCGUUUUCGUAUACGUAUAACAACAGCUGUCAACAAUAUCAGCAAUACUUGAGCCAGCACUAUCACUGUCAAGUAGCCUG